AUGCAGAUCAAGAACUCUGUCGUUUUGCUCACGGCCCUAACGGCCAGUUCUGCCGUCGCCCGAAUGCACGGCCAUGACCGCCGUCAUGCUCACCACCACUUGCAGCAUGAGGAGAAGCGUGCGGUCGGUGAUAUGGUCUACGCCAACAUCAACGGCAUCUGGCAAUCCUGGGUCAACGAGUGGUCCGGUCAUGCCACCACUUCCUCCGGCCCCGUCAUUGCCACCUCUUCGGCCACUACUUUCCCCAGCGGCAGCUCUAACGGUGGCCCUACAGCUAUCUCUUCUGCUGUCCCUACUGCCACCGGUGGCCCUGUCGUGACCACUCCCGGUUCCUGCAAACAGUGGCAUGCCACCAAGGAUGAUGACUCCUACACCCGCGAGGGCUUCGGCAAGUCGACCAAGAAUAACGGCGGGAAGUAUAUCGACUACAAGGGCAACGUCGGCGACCCUUAUGGUAGCAACAUCAUCGAGGUCUCCGAGAGCAAGGCCUGCGAGUACAAGCACGUCGUCCGCAUUGACGGUAGCGAGAAGGAGCCCUGGACCGUUGGCUUCUGGAACAAGAUGGGUCCUGAUGGCAAGCUCACCGGCUGGUACGGCAACGCUGUCCUUACCAUCAAGAUCCACCCCGGCGAGAGCAAGUACAUUGCCUUCGACGAGGAUACCCAGGGUGCCUGGGGUGCUGCCAAGGGUGAUUCCCUGCCUCUGGACAAGUACGGUGGCUACGCCUGCACCUGGGGUGAAUUCGACUUCGGCAACAGCGGCAACAAGGGCUGGUCCGGCUGGGACGUAUCUGCCAUUCAGGCCCAGGAAGCCGGUCUCGACGUCCAGGGUAUGAGGAUCUGCGACCACACCGGUGACAAGUGCUCCUGGAUCUCCAACCUUGCCAAGGCUAUGUCCAACGCCUACAGUGCUCUCGAGGCCGGUGUUGACGGCAUUGGUGGCAACCAGAUUGCUGGUGCCGUCCGUCUGCUUGUCAACAUUGACUACGAGUAA